AUGUCGAACGCUCAAUCCAACGAUUUAUUAAGGGAAUUAAAUGCCAAGCUCUUAGCUGAGAUUGCAGAACUUAGGAAGGAGAAUGCUGAGAUCAAGGCCAAGAAUACAAAAUUAAAACAGGAUAAAGAAGACAUUGAGGCCAGAUUCGCGAAACUAGAGCAGAGCGAUAAAGAAAAAACUGAUCUUAUUGCUAAACUGGAAUGGGAUGUUUCACAAAUUAAACAGGCUUCAGUAACUUCACAAUUACUUAUUUCACCGUCAAUUAAAAAUCACUCUGAUCAAGAUGAUAGCACUGACUCUGUAAAUCUAGAGCAGACACAAAGUGCUAUUUCUCCCGAACCGAUGCCACUUCCAUUACUAUGUAAUGCAAAUACUGUGACCAAUGGUCACGAUCGAGAAGAGAUUAUACCAUCACCAUUACCAUCUGAUGCAAAAACCGUGACUAAUGGUCACGAUCAAAAUAAUGUUUAUGUAAACUCUGUUAAUAUCUCUGAAGUAUUCGAAUCAGAUGAUCAAAUAGUAGAAAAUUUAAUACGAGAGAUGUCCCAUGAUCAUACACAGAGUUUUAUUUCUUCCAAAAAUGAUUCCACAUCUUUAGAUAUCAGUGGAUCCGGUGAAAUUAGCAAGUCUUGUAUACAAAAUAUAAUUCCAGGUUCUGCGCAAAGUCUCUCAUAUUUGUUUGAUAAAGCAGUUAAAAAAGGUCAAAAAGAGAUUCUAUGCUGGUAUUACUAUUCACUUGAAUUCGAAAAUAAGGUUAAAAGCCUUACAACUGACGGCAAGAUUACAGAUAAAACGGCAAGAACAAAAAUAUAUAAGGAAAUGAAAUCUUUUCUACCUAAUAUUACAGAUGUAAAUUUACGUAAGAAAACACAAAGAGCUCGAAAAAUCCUUACACUGUUUGGAAGAGGAGGAGUAGGUAUAGCUAAAAUUAAACAAAUUUCAUAUAGUGCUCGUACUAUUUCAGGAUUGACAAAUGCUCAAAUUCAAUACAUUAUUAAUCAUGUGACUUCAAAAACUGUGACCAAUGGUCACGAUCAGAUCUUGACAUCUGAAGUAUGUGAUUUGUCAUCUCAGGCCACUAAUUCUUUUAGCUCAAAAAAGUUAUCAGAAAUCAAGGUAAGUACCUCAUCCGCAUCUCAACACAAGGAUCCAACUCAUGAUCGUAUCUAUUUCUGUAAUAAAACACUAGAACAGUAUCCUAAUUUAUAUAAAGAUGGUAAUAGUGAAAAUGUAGAUUAUUACGGAAUUACUGAUGAGACAUUAUGUCCUUUAUGCGAAUUAGAUCAUGAUGACGAUGAAGAUAUAGAAGGUAGAUAUAAAAUUGGAUCCUACUAUAUUAAAUGUGAACAGCGUGGAAUUGAAAUUGAGGCCAAUAAAACAUUAACUCCCGAAUAUUUGGAAUGGAAUAAUAAAUUUACUGGAUUACCAAGUGUUUUAACCGACAAAAUUCGUUCCAAGUUAUAUAAGAGAUACAAGAAAGAAACUGGUCUCGAUCCUUGGAUGGAUUCCAAACCCUCUGAAUCUUUUGAGGAGAAAACUUUAUUUGUACCGCGAGUAAAUGUUCAGUCUACGCCAUCAAAAUCUCGAUCACCAAUUUCU